AUGGCGGCGGAGGAGCCUCAACAACAGCCGGAGCCCGUCGGGGGGGACACGGACGGAGUGAAUUGUUUGGCCUACGAUGAAGCCAUAAUGGCCCAACAGGACCGCAUCCAGCAGGAGAUUGCUGUCCAGAACCCUUUAGUCUCGGACAGGAUGGAGUUGACUGUCCUGUACAAGGAGUACGCCGACGACGACCAUAUAUACCAGCAGAAGAUCAAGGAUCUGCUGAAGAAGUAUUCGUUCAUUCGGAAAACGAGGCCGGACGGGAACUGCUUCUACCGAGCGUUUGGCUUUUCCCACCUGGAGGCUCUACUGGAGGACGGCAAGGAGCUGCAGCGCUUCAAAGAAGUGGCGGCGAAAAGCAAAGAAGUGCUGGUUGCCCAAGGCUUCACGGAAUUCACCAUUGAGGACUUCCACAACACGUUCAUGGACCUGAUAGAGCAAGUGGAGAAACAGACCACCCUGGCCGAGCUGUUGGCCUCGUUCAACGACCAGAGCACCUCAGAUUACCUUGUCGUCUACCUACGGCUGCUGACGUCCGGCUACUUGCAACGAGAGAACAAGUUCUUUGAGCACUUCAUCGAGGGAGGACGGAGCAUAAAGGAGUUCUGCCAGCAGGAGGUGGAACCCAUGUGUAAGGAGAGCGACCACAUCCACAUCAUUGCCCUGGCCCAGGCCCUCAACGUCUCCAUCCUGGUGGAGUACAUGGACCGGGGCGAGGGCGGGACCACCAACCACCACGUCUUCCCCGAAGGCUCGGAGCCCAGAGUGUAUCUACUGUACAGACCGGGACACUAUGACAUCCUGUAUAAAUAGAGGGGGUGGGAGCGAGGCAGGGGGCUGGCCAGCCAGCU